AAUGUUGAUGAUGUUGAUAGUAGUGAUAAUGAUGUUGUUAACAAUGACAAUGAUAAUGUAAACAAUAAUUAUGAUGAAGUUGAUAAUACUGAUAAUGAUAUUGUUGACAAUAACAAUAACAAUGAUUAUGUAAAUAGUAAUAAUUAUGAUAGUAUUAGCAAAUGA